AUGGUGAAAAUGAGAACAAUUCGUGUUGGUGCUGGGAGGGUCAGACUGCAAACCCAGCCCAAGCCACAGCCUGGUCAGCCUCCCCUCUAUUCUGGGACCUUUGACUGCUUCAGAAAGACCCUCACGGCAGAGGGAGUCCGAGGCUUGUACCGAGGAAUGGCAGCUCCUAUUGUUGGAGUGACACCCAUGUUUGCUGUGUGCUUCUUUGGAUUUGGCUUGGGAAAAAGGCUCCAACAGAGAAAACCUGACGACGUUUUGACGUACCCUCAGCUGUUUGCUGCUGGCAUGUUGUCAGGAGUGUUCACAACAGUUAUCAUGGCUCCAGGAGAGAGAAUCAAGUGCCUUUUACAGAUCCAGGCAGCUACAGGUGAAACUAAAUACAGUGGCUCUUUGGACUGUGCCAAGCAGCUGUACCGCGAGGCUGGGAUUCGUGGCGUGUACAAGGGGACAGUGCUCACCCUCAUGAGAGAUGUCCCAGCCAGUGGAAUGUACUUCAUGACGUACGAAUGGCUGAAGAACAUUCUGACCGGAAAGAGUGUGAGUGACCUCAGCGCACCAAGGAUCCUCUUUGCUGGGGGCCUGGCUGGGAUCUUCAACUGGGCAGUUGCCAUCCCACCUGACGUGCUGAAAUCCCGUUUCCAGACUGCUCCUCCAGGAAAAUACCCAAAUGGCUUUAGAGAUGUGCUGAGAGAACUUAUCAGAGAGGAGGGAGUUGCAUCUCUGUAUAAGGGCUUCACAGCUGUAAUGAUCAGGGCAUUUCCCGCAAAUGCAGCAUGUUUUCUUGGAUUUGAAGUUGCCAUGAAGUUUCUCAACUGGGUUGCACCAGGUCUAUGAAGACUAGGAAGUCUUUGGAAAUUAGAGAGGAGAAAGGAGAGUGCAAGUCUGCCUUAAAGGAAUAAAUGAAUGAUCACUUGAUGUUUCAGGAAUGAUUACUUGCAAACACCUUUUUGCCUUCCACGUGGUGCCAUGUCCCAUU